GGCUGCUGGCGGCGUCUCCCGUCCCGUCCGGUCCCGGGGAUGUCCGGCGGGGGCAGCCGGCGGCGGGCCGGCCCCUCCUGGCACAGCACUUUCUCUCGCUUCUUCUCCAGGAGCCCGCCCGGCGAGGGCAGUUCUGAAAACAAAGGGAACGAAGCCAUAAAUUCAAAGGGCAGCCAAAAGGAAAGCACAACUCAGCCCGCACUUUUGAAGGCUUGUCAAAAUGAAGAGAAGAACCAUUCCACAGAAGAACUUAGCAAGUCUGAAAUCCAGGAGGAGCUGAAAAAGGCUAACAGCCUUCCUAGUUUGACUCCUGGAAUCAAAACAUCAGAUAAAGACAAGCAACCCCGAGAAGGCUUUUUUCAUUUUCUUGGAAGCUUAUUUAAUAUUGCAACAAAAUCUUCUUUGGUAGAAUCUAAACCCUCUACCUUCCAAGAUGAACCCAACAGAUGUGAAAAGGAUUUACAGAGCACAAAUACCUUUCCAAAGGACACGCGGCCAAAGCACCCGAAAAUUGAAGAGCCUACAGCUAGGAAAAAAGAGGAUUCCGUAAACAAAGAUGAUGCCAUCUUAAAUAAUACUGGGAAAGAUACCAGACUGGAUCUUCAAGGAGGCUGGAAACAAUCCUCAGAUACAGAAAAGCAGACACGACGGAAGCCAGAAGCACCCGCAGUCACGUACGCAACGUAUCGGGGUUCUGCGAGGAUCAGGCAGCUCCUGAGAAGUCAAUCAGAAAUUGGAAAAGGAGAAGAAAGUCCUGAGAACAGAAAUGCUUCAACAGUCAGAGAAAAUGGAGAAGUCCAAACAAGUCUGUCUGUGAAAUCAGGAUGCCUAAUAGAAGAAAAUGGAAGAGAUGAGGGUGAAGAUCACCAAAAUGAUGCCAUAUUAAAUUCUUCUGCAGUUAAAGUGGGAAGCAAACUAUCUGAUAAAGCGCAGCAUUGCUUGGGCAGAGGUAAACAUGAAAGAACUGCAAAGGCCACAACUUCACACACUGAAUCGUGUCAUGAGCUACAUUUAAGAUAUACACCUGCUUUAGCUGCAACCAAAGUUAAAAGGACAUGUUCACUAGAUUCAUUAUUGCCAUUUAGUGGUAGAAACAAUGGGAUCCUAACUAAUUCCUCUUCCCAGAGUACUCAUUCCCUUAAAGUCAGUUCUACAAACGAUUUGGUUGGAAAAGAUGAUGGACUGCCAGGAGAAGCAGAAACUUUGUUUCAGACAGACAAAAAAGACACUUCUAACUUUGAUAAAGAAAAUUAUUUUAGUAGAGCGGGUAAUAAGGAGUCCUCAAAAGAAAUACAGGAUGAUUGUUUACUUUCACCCAAGUCAAAAAGCAAGACAGUUAUUGAAGAGCUGCAGGUGGGGAAGGGAGAAUUUUGCUGUAAUCAAGUGGAUAAUCAUUCAGAGCAAACAUUGGAUGUCCAGAGGCUUCAUUUCAAUACCAUUACAUUUCAGCAGAAAGCAGAUCAGCACACCAGGAGUGACAAUAAGGAUGGUGAUCCAAGAAAUGGUGAUGCACAGAAAAUUGUGACAGCUGUGGAAAGAGAGCAAAAUCCACAGAACUUUCCUGCUACUGUUCUUUUUCCUUUUAAUGAACAAAUACUUACUUCACUCAGCAUGGAAUCCAAAGGAGGAAAGUGCUUGGCCACAGGCAAUCUAACUGCUUCAGUGUCAUUUAUUGGACAUGAUGAAGAUACAGUCGUGGGCAGGGAGACUUGUAAUGAAGAACUGAGUGAGUCAGGGAAGGCAGUGCAUGUACACAAUGGUCACAGGUUAAUCCAUGUGGAGAACUCUGAGGGUACUGCCACGCAGCAGACUGGUUUUCCUUGUCCAGGAAUGGGGAGUGAGGAAACAAUGAAGGUUUUGUCCGAGGUUGCAGUGGAAGGGCUUGCCAGCGUGUCACCAUGUGCGCAUGGGUGUCAAAGUGUGAAAACUAAUUUUGAUGAGCUGACAGUGCUUCCAGCCCACAAGUCUACCUCUGUGAUGGUUCCUCAUUCUGCCUUGAGGUCUGAAGGAAAGCCUUUGACCAACCAUUCUGCUUUCAGCCUUGAAAACGAUGAUGUAGACUUAAUUUCUGAAUCUCCACCUGUUUCUGAAAAUAGGUGUAUUAAUUUUUCUUCCAAGAAGGAAAACAGCAAUAAGCCUAGGCUAUCACCCACAGUAAUUGAUUCUUCAUGUGACAAAGAAGGAAAAAUGUUUCCUUCUGCCACUAACUCUGAAAAUGGCCAGAUUGCUGCUUCUGAAAAGGACGGCUUUAUUUUUCCAGCUGCAGAGUCUGGGAGAAUAAUCCCUGUGAACAGGAUGACCGAGGGACCACCUUGCUCAGGAGACCUGAGAACUUUGUGCCCAGCAAAUUCUCUGGAACCUGAGAUUACUCCUCCUAUGCUUGAUAGCUCUGCUGAUGGAGUAGAUGCAGAGGUUGUUUGCAUCUCCAGGCCCACUUCUCCUCCUCUGGUAUCCAGAGAAGCCUCCAACCUUCCUAUUUCUGCCUUGGAGAUGUCCAGCACUGCUCAGGGGAACAGUAAUUCUUCCAGUCACAGAACUAGUGAUGGGGCAGAUGAGACCUUCUCCACACAACAGGCUGACAGUAGUGUCCUGGCAGAGGCAAUGCCAUCACCCAUCUGUCCCUUGAAAUCUUGGGAAGCUGCAUCUGAGUCUGCCCGUUCUGAGACCACGUGCAAGGAUGCUGUGGGACGGGUGAUUCUUGGUGCUUCUUCUCCUUUGGAAGCCCCUUCUGGCCAAAAAGCUGCUGCACCUGCCCAGGCAAAUGGUCUCUGUUCUGGGAAAGGAUGGGGAGAUACUGAUGUGGAGGGACAAGAAUGUUCUCCUUUCCCAGAUGCUGCUGUUUUGCUGAAGAAAGCUGAAGAAAUAGUGAACUUGGUUUUACAUUUGGCUACAGAAGAAAUAAUAGCAAAUGAAGGCUUUGGUGUCUGCCAGCUUUGUGGGAGCGAGGAUAGUUUAAUAAAUACAGAUAUUGCAAAUUAUCAGAGUGUUGAAAGUGUACAGCUGGCAGCAGGAGAAAUCCAGUCAACUGUGCUGUCAUUAAAAGAUUUUAAUGAGACCGGUGGAGGAGCCUCAUCUUCGUUUGCAGGAAAUGAGAGAGUGGAUACAAAUAAUCAAGAUGAAAAGAUACUCUCUUGCAUCCCUGAUAAAAUUGACCUACAUAGGGCACUAGCGCUAAAAGCAAAGGAAACAGUUGAUGGGGUCAUUACCUCAGCCAUACAAAAACUGGCAUCCAGUCAGCAGCAAGGCCCGGAGAGGGAAAGGCUUUCUGGAAAGGUUCAGCCUAAACCUGGGGCUGAAAUGCCGAAGACUUUCAGCCUGGAUAUGAAGUUUCCCGCUAACACCCAGGAAUCAACAGAGAUGGAUGAAACUCAGACUGUAGCUGUCAACUGUGAAAGGGCAGAUUGCUCAGGUCCUCCUUUGCUUCCAGAUGGUAUGGAAAAUGGCAUAGGUUGGCCCCAAAGAGAUGAAAAGGUACCAAAUAAUGCAAUUACUUGUCAAACAAAUGGAUUUCUUCCCUCUGGCAGUUUAGCAAGGCCAGAAAUAGAUCUUCUGACACCAGCAAAAGAGUGGCACAAUGGAACGGUGUGUGACCACCUGGCUGCAGCAGAAAUGUGUGGCAAAGUAUCAGCAAUAAGUAGAAAAUCUGAUGGAACUUUACAUUUUAUACAUAGAGAUGCUCCCGUGACUGAAGAAAUGCUUUUGCCAUUGCAGUUAAAAGGUUCAUGCAAUAAUACAAAUAUGUCAGAGUGCACGCUGCUACCAGCUGUAAAUGUUAAUUUGUCAUCUUUUAUGUGUGGUGAAGAGUGUGUCGGCCUGCAGAGUGACUCCAAAGAUAAAAGCAGCCCUUGGAUGUCUCUGGAAAGCAAUGCAGAGGACAGUCUGUACGAACACUGUGGGAAAGAGGCUGCAGAGGAAGUACCUGUACAAGUAAAAGGAACCUUACAGAAUUCAAAGGCAGCAGAGAGUGAAGAGGAACUGGCAGAAGAGGCAAAUGAGGGAGCAGAGGUUACUACUGGAUUAGAUACACAGUCUGUGGUACCUGAAGUCUUUGUCCAAAAUAAUGAGAAUCUGAAGCAGGCAAUGAAGGGUCAAGACAUGGAGAGAAAUUAUCAGCUUGAAGAAAAUGGCAUGAAGGAACCAGCAGAACUUCUGGCCUCUUCUCCACUAAUUGAACAGUGGGAGAACAGUUCUUUUACCAUCAUUUACGAAGGUGCUCUUCAAACUGAGAGCAAAUCUGUCUCGACUGAUGAGGUGCAGGCUGGUUCCCUUUCUCCUUCUGAUUUGCCUUCAACUGAUACAGAUCAUCUAAGGCAUGAUACAGCAAGGAAUGAGGAGUCAGUCUGUCUUUAUGGGCAGGACAGCAAGGUGAAGGGAGCAGCAGAGAGCCGAGGCUCGGAGUCAUUCCUGAGUGUGGAGGCCAAGCGCUACAGAGUUUAUCCUUUCUCUUUGUCUCCCAUCUACGAGGACGACAGCUCCCAGGAAGAUCUGCUGUCCACGGACGUGUCUCCAGAAAGCCGUCCUGAGGGAGCCUCCAAAGACAACUCUGACCACACUUCUGUGCUCUCCCUCCUCCAGUCGGUGUCCGAGCGCUUGCAGUUCACUGCUCGCUUCAGCGAGGAGGAGGAGGACGAGGAGAACGGGGUGGAGGAAGAGGAGGAAGAAUCUUCAUACAAGGAAAAUAUUCUUGAUGUUGAGAGAGAAGACAGCUGCCUUCCCAGUCAGUGCAGAGAGAAUUUUAAAGCAACCCCUCCAUCAAGUGACAAAAGCAGAUCUUUUCUUGAACACUCGUUUCUUCUUUCAAAAGAACAGCUUGACUCACCAGAGCAGUUUCCAAAUGUCUGUUCUCCCAGUCAGACACUUUGUAAACCAGUUCCAGAGAAAGCUGAUGCUGCAGUGGCACAGCCUCCUACAAGUGUGUACUACCAGUACUUGAAAUCUGCCAGAGCAGGCUCUUCUGAAAAGGGGACCAGGUUUGGAAGCAUUCUCCAGGAUAUGCUGCAGCCAAAGAUUCAUUGGUUUCGAGACAACGCCGUGCCAAAACUGGGAGAAUUGUCGGCGAACCUCAUUGACAGGGCAAGUCUCAAAUACAACCCGAGACCGGGGAAGAUUAUUAUUUAUGAUACUUGUGGCAACAAAAGUAAACAAGUUCAUUCUGAUGUGCUAGAUGCUUCGUCGUGGAUCUUUCCCAUUGGAACAGUACUUAGGAUAAUUAGAGGAUGUUGGAUUUUUUAUGAGAAACCAAAGUUCCAGGGUCGAAAACAUGUACUAGAAGAAGGAGAAGCUGUGCUGGAUCACCUUUGGGAUCUCCCAGGCAUAAAACAUCAUCGAAGAAACCUCACAGUUGGGUCAAUCAAACACGUAACAAAGGACUGUGGCAUUCCAGAGGUGGAGUUCUGCCUGGCAGCUGGUAGUACAGAGGGACUUCCCAUCUGCAUACAGGGUGCAGUUGCCAGUUUAGAAGAACUGGAUGUUGAGAAAAACCCUUACAUAAGAGUCAGAUCAGGAGUAUGGCUUGCUUAUUCAGACUUGAAUUAUAAGGGAGAGAUGACAGUUUUGGAAGAGUGUGAUUCCCCACCUGAAAUCCCUUCAGCAGAUGUAAAAUCUCUGCGUCCCUUAAGAAUGGGUGGACUAAAGGUGCAAAUGCCAAUGAAUGUCAAGAUAAUAAUAUAUGAGAAAACCCACUUUGGAGGAUGGUCCAAAGAGUUUUCAGAAAACAUCACUUCUGUCCCAGCACUGUUUGGUAGUGAAGAGGAGUUUCAGGAAAUUGGAUCACUACGUGUAAUUGGUGGAGUGUGGGUUGCCUAUGAUAAGGAACGCUACAAAGGCCAUCAGUUCUUGCUGGAGGAGGGAGAUUAUGAGGACAGACACUCCUGGGGGGGAACUGACGGUGCCCUGCUGUCCUUCCGCUUCCUUCAGGCUGAUUUCAUAGAGUCUUCAGUGGCACUUUUCCAGUCUGAUGAUGAAGAUGGGAAAGCAUUGGACAUCAUCAAUGAAGAAAUCCCUGAUUUGGAGCAGGCUGGAUUUGGCCCUGAGACGAGGUCGAUUCUUGUGAAAAGCGGCGUGUGGGUGGCAUACCAGCAGAAAUACUUCUGUGGAGAACAGUAUGUGUUGGAGAAAGGAAAAUACAAAUGCUUCUUUGACUGGGGAGGAUCUAGUAAAACCAUCAUGUCAAUUCGACCUGUUAAGUUGGAGCCCCUUGGGAUGAAUGAGCCUCCACAUUUGCUCAAAGCUUUCAGUAACACACAUUUCCAAGGAGCAUGUGUAGAUUUCACAGCAGAAGUUUCUGAUUUUACAUCAUUCAUACCAUGUUCUUUUAAGGUUCUCCGGGGAUGUUGGCUCCUGUGUUACGAAGGGGAAACCACUGACAAUCACUGUGUGCUGGAAGAGGGCCUCUAUGUUGACCUCAGUUCCUGUGGCUGCCCAAGUGCUACAAUCAAAUCCCUCAAGCCUAUUCAAUAUGUUUUUGCUGAGCCUUCCAUCAGUCUGUUCAGCCUGGAAUGCUGCAAGGGCAGGGAGCUGCACUUCAGUGAACCAGUCAGUUCUGUUCUGAGUGAGGACCUUCAUUUUUACGCGCAGUCUGUGUGGGUGAGAAGUGGACUGUGGAUUGCCUACGAGGGAUGCAAUUUUUUAGGAAAGCAGAUUCUGCUGGAGCCCAGGGAGAUUUCCAACUGGAGUGAACACAGUGGCUGGAAAGUGAUUGGCUCCCUUCGUCCUGUGAAGCAGCCCGCAGUGUACCUGAGGGUGAGGAACAGGGCGCAGGGGCAGUGCCUGGCCGUGGCUGGGAGCCUGGCGGACGUCAGGGCCACCUCGGUGUGCGCGGCCCCGCGCAGCAGCAGCAGCUCCCAGCUCUGGCACUACUGCCGGGGGCUCCUCAAGUCCAAGGCCAACAACGCCUGUCUGGAUGUCAUUGGGGGCAGAGACGUGCCUGGGGCCAAAGUCGCCCUCUGGACAGAACAUGGGAAGGACAGGCAAAAGUGGAGACUCAACGAGGAUGGAACCAUCAGUUCAUACCUCAGUGAGCAACUGGUGCUUGAUAUUAAAGGAGGAAAUUACUACGACAAGAAUCACAUCAUUAUGAAUCAGCCAAUAGAAAACAAACGUUCCCAGAAAUGGGAUAUUGAAAUAUUGUGAGUAAAAUCCACCCCACAGAUGGACUUUUUGUGGGCUACCAAGAUCUAGAGGGGGAAAAAGGAACCUGACUACUGAAGUCACACACCACUGGAAGCAUUAGCAGCAGCUCCUCUCUAUUUUCCUUCAUGCCAAGCACCAGCUCCUAAAAGAACUGAAUUUUGCACAAACCUGGAAGAUGGGAGGUUGAUCCAAUGUCUCGCUGCAGGGAAGCUGAUUCUGCAGAGGCUGCUCCUGUGAAAGUCACCAUUACUCUUCCUCUGAGGUACAAAAGGUAAAUGCAGAAGAGCAGGCAGAGGUCCUGCAGCACAGGAAGUGCAAGAGCUAACAGGGGAAAGGCUCUUCAGAAAUGCUGUCUUUACCUUCCUCUGACACUGCUGGAAGCUCACUGAGGAGUGGAUGCACUGAUGAGCUUCAAGGAACUGGAGUUGGGCUUUUACGUCCCAAGUGAAACCAUUUAGGCUCCGAGCGAUCCCGAAUCGCGUCUCAUUAAAAUGCAAUUGAUUCUGUGCAUAAAGACACCUUUGAACUGGAAUUGCAGCUCAUCAUGUGAAAUGAGGCAAUACAGGAGCCUUUCACCCUCUAAAUGACACUGGUAAGCCUUUGUCUUCUCUGCUUUUAGCAGCACCCAGUUCCCAGAGCAGCGUGGCUGCACCUCGGGGCCAGCUGAUGGGCCAGAGCUCGGUGUGCCGGGGCUCUCCUCCAUUGCCACUCUAUGCAACCACAGCUAGAGCCAGAGAGCUCUUGGAAAGCUUUCUCCUGGCUCAGCGCUGACCAGCCGCAGCCCCUGGCAGGCCUGUGAACUCCUGACCUGGCAGAGAAGGCCCUCAGCUCCCUGGCUUCAGCGUCACUAAAUUAAUCUUCACUGAAAAUAUUUUUUUUCCCCAGCAUUUGUAUAUUCAGGGUAUGAAUUUCUAGGACUAUUUAAAGAGUUCAGGUAAGCUGAAGACAGAUAUUUGAGAUUCCAAAAGCUGUGCCAGCUGUGCAAUUAAACAGGAUCAUCCCCAAACGAAGACGUAACUCUAAUUUUGCCACAGAAAUAAAAUAUAUGGAUAUCUAUUUUUAUAUGAAAUGGAGUUCUAAAUAGUACUAUUUAAAAAAAAAAUCUACUUGCACUUACUAUUUUACAUUUUAAAAUUAUCAUAAAUCUGCUGUUUGAGUAACAGGUCCUCAAAUGUAUGUAUAUAUUUUUUCAACUAAAGCACUUGUUAAGCUUUUUUUUUCCAUAUAAGUCAGUACAUCAAGUGUUCUGCAUGUGACUUUCCAUGUGAAAUUUUAAAAGCCUGUGUAAAAAGUUGUAGUCUUUUAAAUGAAGAAUGACUAAAUCAUACUUGGUGUCUCAGUGUUACAUAACUAAGUAAAGCAGGCUUUUGUACUUAAGAGACCUUGAAUGUAAAUUGCUAAAAGCAUGUAUAUUUUAACUGUAUAAAACUUUUUAGGAGAAACAAUUUGCUGGUUGGCUUCUUUUUAAGCAAACUAAAUAAUAGUUCUCAGGAGAUGUUGAGCACAUUCCUGUAAAAUACUUCUUUUCCAAUGGCCAGAAAAGGGAGAUAAGUGUAUUGACGAUGUGGCUGUGCUGUUACAUGAGACUGCAUAUUAAAAAUCAGUGAAGUAUUAAAGUAACUGCACCAGUCUCAUCAAAACCCACUCAAGUGAAUACUGAAGAUACAGAUUCUAGCUACAGGCUUUUGGGUUACUUUCACUUGAAAUUGGUGCUGGGGGAGGUAGAGGAGAAAUAAUUAUUGUUAGUUUAUUCCAGAGUUUGGAGAAGGUGUUUUCUUGGGCAAAGUCCUCCCCCUGUGGCAACAGCACACGCAGCUUUUACAAGGAAGCUUUUGUUCUGUCAGGGUAAUCAAACAGAUUUUCCUGCUGAUAAAUUUUACAAGUGAACAGAAAAAACCCAAAUUAAUGUUUUAAACUCCAAGGUUUUGGAGCCUAUUCCAUGGAUAACUUCAGAUGUCCUCCACAUCCCAGCAGCUCUCCAGAGGUAAGGGGACACCAAAGCACUGGGGUACUUAGGAG